UUAAAUGACAGUUGGCAUUAUUGAAAAGUGACAAGUGACAGUGACAUGUCAUAUUCCGUCACCGGUGACUAGGUUAUCUUUUAACACGUUGAAUUAAUCAAUCAGCACCUGUCACAAUGACAGACCUAAGCGAAAAAAUCCUCCACCGAGUCUCCGAGUCCGAACCCAUAAGCACCCUAGAACUAUCAAAACAGUUCCAAGAAGACCACCAAAAAAUAAUCGGGGCCCUUAAAAGUAUCCAAGCACACGGUGACCUCCUCGUCGCGGAGCCCCAAAGCGACAAGUUCAUAGAAUUGACUGAAGAAGGCAAACUAAUUGUGGAAACAGGUAGCCACGAAGCAAAAAUCUACAACGCCGUUCCCGACGAUGGAAUCCCCCAAUCGGAUCUCAUGAAAAUCCCGAACGCGAAGGUCGGUUUUAGUAAAGCAAUGUCAGCCGGGUGGAUCGUUAUGGAUAAAAACGGAGCGGCCCCCGUUAUCAAAAAGAAAGUACACAAAAUUGUGGACACGGUUCAAGCUAAUUUGAAGUUAAUUCUGUCGGGGCAUGCAGCCCAGAUUGCUGAUAGUGUGAAACAGGAGUAUAAAAAGAGAAAACUCAUACAAGAAGUGGUUCAGAAGAGUUUCCUUUUGAGUAAAGGGCGCGAUUUUAGUCUAACUUUGACAAAACUGGAGACGGAUUUAACUGCUGAUAUGUUGGUGUCUGGAAACUGGAAGAACUUGUCGUUCAAGGAGUAUAAUUUUGACGCUUUGGGGACGCCUCUGGAUUGUGGGUAUUUGCACCCAUUGUUGAAAGUCAGGUUUGAGUUCAGACAGAUUUUCUUGGAAAUGGGGUUCUCUGAGAUGCCUACGAAUAACUACGUGGAGAACUCCUUCUGGAAUUUCGACGCGUUGUUCCAACCCCAGCAGCACCCAGCUAGGGACGCCCACGACACUUUUUUCGUUUCAGACCCCAAAAUUAGCACAAAGUUUCCAGAGGAAUAUAAAGAGAGGGUGAAGGAGGUGCACAGUAAAGGCGGCUAUGGAUCAAUAGGCUACCGCUACGACUGGAAGAUCGAAGAAGCCCAGAAAAACCUCCUCCGCACCCACACCACCGCCAACAGCGCGCGAAUGCUGUACAAAUUAGCCCAACAGAAACAAUUCAAACCCACCAAACUCUUCAGUAUUGACAAAGUAUUCCGGAACGAAACGCUCGACGCCACCCAUUUGGCCGAAUUCUGUCAAGUUGAAGGCGUGAUCGCCGACUACGACGUGACUUUGGGGGAUUUAAUUGGCGUUUUUGCCGAAUUUUUCAAAAAGUUGGGGAUCACGGAGCUUGAAUUCAAGCCUGCUUAUAACCCGUAUACUGAGCCCAGUAUGGAGAUUUUCUGCUUCCAUAACGGUCUAGGGAAGUGGAUUGAACUGGGGAAUUCUGGGAUGUUCAGGCCCGAGAUGUUGUUAGCCAUGGGUUUGCCGGAGAACGUGAGAGUGAUUGCGUGGGGGUUGUCUUUGGAAAGACCCACGAUGAUUAAGUAUGGUUUGACGAAUAUUCGGGAUUUGGUUGGGCCCAAGGUGGAUUUGGAGAUGGUGCAGAGGAGUCCGAUUUGCAGGCUGGAUAAAUAAUUCACGUACUUCACAUUUAAAGCCGGUACUUUUUUAUUGAACAGUGUUUACAAUACUUUAAGGUUGUUAUUUAUUUUGUAAUUAGUACACAAAAAAUACAGAAGUCGGAUGAAAAUAAAAAGUUUUUAAUUUUA